AUGGGGGCCCUUGUUGCUGCUUAUGCGGGUAACCUGAAUGGGCAUUCCUCUAAUCAGGCUAAAGCGGUGGCCUUAGCUUGGGGAAUCCGUAUUGCCCUCGCCAUGGGAGUCAAGAAUAUGGACAUUAAGGGGGACUCCAUGCUUAUCAUUGAUGCUGUCAAAGGGCGGAAUAAGCUUAAUUGGACAAUUGAAGGAACCAUCAAGGACACCUUGAGGCUCAUCUCCGGGAUUGACUCGUUCAGAGCUAUGCAUAUCUACAGGGAAGGCAACCGUGUGACGGAUGCCAUGGCAACCAUUGGCCUAAACCUCUUAGGGCUGAGAUGUUGGAGAAGUCACAACUCCCUCCCAGACCAUGUUAAAUUCCUCCUCCAGGAAGAGAAAUCCAAAAUCUCCACUAAUGAUUGA